AAGUAAUCAGUAUUGUAUUAAACUUUGAUAGAGAGAGAGAGAGAAAAAAAAUAAGACAAAUUAACCACAAAACAGAAAAUAAUGUCUAAAUUUUGUUUAAUUGCUAUCACAAUGAUUGUAAUCUAUGCAAUGAUCAUGGACAGUUGUUUCAAUAAUGAUGAUCAUCAUAAUACCGAUGAACAUAACAGUCCAGAUCAACAUAACAGUGCCGAUGAACAUAACAGUCCAGAUCAACAUAACAGUGCCGAUGAACAUAACAGUCCAGAUCAACAUAAUAAUGAUGAACACAGUAGUAGUCAUACUUAUUCACCAUAUGUUCGUCGUGUUCAUAAUCUAGUCAGAAAUCUUGAAGAAAAAUCUGAAUUACAGCCGUACGAAAAAGGAAAUAAUGAAAAAUAAUAAUAUUAAUAAUAACAUUAAAUAUAUAUAUAUA